AUGGUCACUAUUAUUUUAUUUUUUUUUAAUUUUCAGAAUGAUCCAAUUGUUUCGAUGACUGCUUCUUAUUAUAAUAUAUUAAAUAAUAUCCCAUAUAGGUACCCUCAUUCAUAUGAUCAAAUUCAGUGCGAUGGUGUAAAUAGUAAAUUACAGUAUAAAUAUAGACAAUUUGGAGAUUUUUGCCUACAUCUUACAGCAAUUUUAAAGAAUUAUGACAAAAUAAGAUUGGUUGGAGGUAAUUCGGUUAAAUGCAUAUUUUUGAAUUUGUGGAUAUAUGAACAAAUAUAUGACAUGCCUGAAGUUCAUAAUGAAGAUGACCGUCAGAAAAUCAUGAGUGAGAUACGCAAUUUUUGGUCUAUAUACCCUAAAUCCUCUAAUUGUGUUAUACGUGAAGAAUUAUCAACUAAACAGGAUUUUCUUGAUAAUAAAAAACUUUUUGACUAUACUAUAAAUUAUCGUAAUAUUGAGAUACAUAUUAGAAAUGAAGGCCACAAAUGUACAAAAAGAGUUAAGAAUUACCUAGAUGAAAUUCAAGAAAUAUAUAAGAGAUUAAAAGCUCAACCUAGAACGGAAAAAGGUUACAAUUAUUACAAUAUAUUAGAAGAUUUUGAGAAAAUUAACCAAUAUGGAGAGUUAUUAUCAAAAUUUCUAUGUCCACAUACAAUUAAUGAUGCAGAUACUCCAAGUACAAGAGAUGAAGAAAGAGUUUCUUCUGCAGGACCCAGUGUAGAAUUAAUGGAACCAUCAGUAUCAACAGGAGAAUCGGUGAUUAUAGGACAACGUAUUUCCAGAAGAGAAUCAGGAUAUCCGGAAUUACAAGGACCUCAACAUUCUCCAGAAAUGUCUGAAGUAGCCGAGGCACCUUUAACUAUUGCCCUCACAGGUGGUAUUCCAUUUAUAGGGGUUGCAACCAUUUCAUACCUUUUGUAUAAAUUUACCCCAGUUGGAUCCUUGUUAUAUCCACGAGUUCAAAAGAUCAAGAACACGAUCCAGAAUAUAAUUCGAGGACGAAAUGAAGUAAAACAAGAUAUAUAUAAUUUUUAUCCCCCGUACAUGGACAUUAAUAGGUUUAACAUUGAAUAUCAAUCUAGGUAA